UGUGGAGUUUUUGAUUAGGAGUUUACGAGGCGUACCUGAAAGCAGCAGAUCCCUUAAAGUUAGCUAGCUAGCCGGUAGCAGAGGACCACCGCAGCAUCAGCACCAUCAUCAUCCAUCCACUAUGACAUAAAACAAGCACCAGCCUAGUUUACUGUACCAGACGACGGGGAGGAACAUCUCUGACACCAGAUAAAAAUGAGCCGCUUCUGCUCGGACAACAACAACUUCCCCUAUGACAACAACGUCCUGGUUCUGGACAUGGUGCUGGGCUCUCUGUGGGGAGCCCCCCAGCCCAUAAACUGGGACAACGUGGCCAAGCUGGUUCCAGGAUUCACUCCCAAGGAGUGUGCCCGUCGGUUUGAGGAGCUGAAGGGCUCAGGGGGUUUUCUUCAUGUGGACAACCAAUGUAACUCCCUGACAGAAGGAAGCACCUCGCCUUCAGACGGGCUGACCGCGCUGCUGGACACCGGGGAGGUGGUGGAGACAGGAAGCAGCCAGAGCAGCAGCAAAGUCACAGCAGGCUCCAAAUCGAGGGCCACAGGAAGAGCUGAUUCUGUGGAGAAGAAAGAGAGACGAGUCUCAGCGGAGGAGGACGACAAACCUCAGAAGCCACGAGAUCCCAACAUGGUCAUCCAUGUGUGCGAUGAGACCAAGAACCUGAAGCAGGACUUCACGUGUCCCAGAGAUCUUCUGGUUAAAGAGAUGCGUUACUUCGCUGAGUACCUGUCCGUGGACCCCCAGAGGUGGGAGGAGGUGGACAUCUCCGUCCACUGCGACGUGCAGAUCUUCGACUGGCUCAUGAACUACGUCAGGAGGAACUCUGCCGGAGAGGGAAACAGGGACAAACCCCGCCUCGAGCCCAGCAAUGUGAUCUCAAUCCUGAUCUCCUCCGAGUUCUUGAAGAUGGAUACGUUAGUGGAGGAGUGCAUCCAGUACUGCCACAAACACAUGAGCGCCAUCGUGGCUACGCCCUGCAACAUGAACUGCAUCAACAGCAACCUGGCGACGCGCAUCGCCGAACUCUUCAACCACAACGAGGCCGACGACAUCAGGGACAAAAAGGACAAGUUCAAAAGCAAAUUGUUUCAGAAGAAAAUCGAGCGUCUCUUCGAUUCCAACUACCAGAGCAGAGAUUCACCGGGAAACGCCUCGACUCUCUACAGGUGUGGUCUGUGCCUGAAGAUGCUGACUAAAGACACUGAGAGGAAGAUUUCUUGCGUUCCAGGGAAAAUCAACAUCGAUGCUCGCGGAGAGAUCAUCUACACGCACACUAAACAGAAGAGCUGGGAUGUUCAUGAAUACAUCAGCAGUCUGUAUGAGGAGCUCAAGUCCUGGGUCCUGGUCUACUGGAGGAUCUGGGGUACCAUCAACUACCUCACCUGCUCCCGAUGCCAACAGUUAUUUGUGUGUGCAGAGCUGACCCAUUGUAAGUACCACCAAGACAGCGUGCUGUAUCCUGGUAUGGGUACUGAGAAAGGCUGGCACGGUGCAGGAGUCUACCCCUGCUGCAACCAGAGGGUUCUCCGCUUUGACCCCUCUGGUAUGCCCAAGGGCUGUAAGAUGCGAGACCACAUCGUGAACGUCCCCGAUGAGGAGAACUGUGACGAGGAGACCUCGGCUCAGACCAGAGUCCUCAAUGACCUGCUGCUGCACAGAGACGCAGUGUGUUUGUCCAACACACCGCCUCCAGACAGUGCUGAGGAGAGUCCCUCCAGCGCAGAAAAGGUUCAGGACUGUGAUGUUCUCCUGGAGCCGACGCUGCUCGGCCCUCUGAGAGGAGACGGCAGCACCUUUUCCCUUUUGAAAAACUGGAGUCUGCAACUGAGGCAGCAGUCUCUCCUAUCAGAGGACGAGGAGUACACCACGGGGUCAGAGGUCACUGAAGACGAGGUCGGGGACGAAGAGGAGCUGUCCAAGAAACAAGCUGCUAAGAAGGCCAAGAAGGCCCACAGACCUCUGAAAAAACAAAUGUCUUCUCCAAACUUCCAGCGCAAAGACAAAGCCGAGAAAUCACAGUCCAGAGACAACACACCUUUCCUAGUGAGUGUCCAGAAAAGUAAGUGGGACAGCUCUCGCUCGAUGCGCUACAACCAGGACGCUCAGAGGGAAGAAGACCAGCGUCGCAUGGUGGAGAUCGUCGGCUACCUGACUAAGAUGAGGUUUGGAGAGCAGGAACAGAGCAAAUCUAAGGACACUAAAGAGCCUACAGGAGGAAUCUACUCCAGACUGGAAGCGCAGUUUAAGAGUUCCUCUCAAGCCAGACAGAGUUCAGAGAAGACACCCAGAUCAAAAAUACGCUAUGCUCAGAUCAGGACAACAUAAAGGACGUGAUGGGGAGAAGCCCACCGAGCUGUUGAAGAGACGAGCAUGAAAAGUGAUGAAGAGCUCGAGAGAACAAAGAGGAAGAGGCGAGAUCCUUCUGUGAGGGCUCAGAACAACAUAAUAACUUCCUGCUGGCAGCCUCCACUUAUAUAUAUAACUCAGCUGUGGACUCUCUGCUCUCCCCCUGUCACUCCUGCUCCCUCCCUCUGUGCUUAACUCAGGUGUAUUGAUCACCGUCAUCAACCCUCACUAUUUGUGCAGCUGCGGUCAGUCCUUGAAAAACAAGAUCUCAGCUCUCAACCUCUCAGUGUGUCUUUAGGUUUAGGACAACAUGAGAGAUGCUAGAUUAUUCCUGACUGUCAUUUUACUGAAGAUCUGAAUGAUUUGGAUCCAGUCAACUCCACUGGUAUGAGACUAAAAAACUUCAGAGAGAGAUAAGUGAUGCUAAAAGCCAGAUAGAGCGCUGCAAGGAUGACAGAUUGUUCUAGGCCAAACAGGAAGUUGGCAUCGCCCUGGUUCCCUCGACAAAAAGCCAAUGAGAUUGUUCCAUUGGGUUUUGGAUUAUUGCAGAAAAUAAGCUCUGUGGCAAACAACACUUUUAUGAUACUUAUUUGUUCAGCAAGAUAAUCUCCACAAAUGAACACCACUUUUAUGAUUUUUUCGCCAGAAGUAAAACGUCGUUAGGCUAUAAACAAACUACACCACGGUCGCAUGACUUGACUGGCUUGGCUUGACUAGUGUUCGCUGUGUUGAUGUUUAGUAGUCUCAUUUAACUGCCUUUUUUUAAGACAUGUAAAAGCUUCAAAAUUCGCGAGUGGGGAUAUUUACUGACGUAUUUCAUGUCAUAGAACAAAAUCAGGCAACGGCGAAGUGCAGCUCGCUUGCCGCAAUAAUUCCAUUUUUCGGGCGAGAAGAAAAUUGGAAACAUAGAUCUACAUGUCACAGGAGUCACAGGAUCUGUUUACUGAUUGGUGUGAUUCCUCUCUGGCCACAUUUCGCCACUAAAAGUGAAACUUGUCCCAAUUUGAGUUUGGCCGCACUUUGCCGCAGAUUCAAACGGCCGCAGCUGGCUGAGCUUGGGAGCGACCGCUGCUGCUUUUCAUAGACACUGCAUGGCAGCUCGCCGCUAGGGUGACCAGGUGUCCCACUUUACAAGAGACUGCACAGACACAUUUUCAUCGACUCUAGUUUUCAAAAGUCAAAAAUCUGGCUUUUAUCCAAUGGCUGUGAAGAAAGCAGGGAAGGCUGUCAAACUGCGCACACGUGGGUCAAGUGCAGGUUAACAUUUCACCGUCUUUACUACGAGUCACUGCAAAGUCAAAAGCUCUGCAGAUUUAGGCAGAAUAUGAUGGAAACUACCACAAAUAAAAGGAAGAGCAGCUACAACAAAAACUGUGGAACUACUUAUAAGUAUGUAUAAGCUGGUGGAAGGUGAUUCUCAGAGUUUUUUAUGAAAUUUGCCAGUUAUUUUUCAGUUUCACACACGGGGGGAAAUACGACACAGUUCAUGGAUGCAUUUGGCAAAGCAUAGAGAUGUUACAAGAUAAGGGGCAGAAUAGAAAUGUUUAUUAUUUAAGUUAGAUAGACAUUAUAUCAAAACAGUAGACUACCUCUCAGCCAACGUGUCCCACAUUGUCCCACACAAACAUACUCUUUGUUUCACAUUUGGUUUGUUGGGAUCUGGUCACCCUUCUUGCCGCAGGCCGCACUUUACCACUACUCUGGGUGUGAAUUUGCCGUUAAGCUUGUGUUAACCACAGACCUUAUUUCAGGCAUCUAACCAAACACCAAGGGAACCGAAAGUGCUAACAUGCUGACUCAUUUCCUGGUUUUUAGGACUCAUUCCUGCAGCACUCUAUAGGGAAUGAAAAGUUUACUGCUUCGACGCGGCUUGUUUCUGUUUAACUGCAGAUCACAGUACAUUAAAUUAACUCUGCACUAGCAUUCAUUGUCUCCUGAUGCUACAGUAAUUUACUAAUGUUCCCCCAACCCCCAGUUCUGGUAGAGAUGUAGGUCUAGCCGUUCCUAUCUGUAUUAGGAUGUGACUGCACUGUACAACACUGGGACCAAUAAAACAUGAAUGACACUGAA